CUACUCGUCCCCAGCGCCGCGUCUCUGCUCCUCCUGCUCGGUGUGGUCGGACGGCAGACAGCGGGCUGACGGAGCUCCAGCGGCGGCCUUUCUAGCGGCGAACUGACGGCGAAGAGCGAGCGGAGAGAAAGAAAGCGCGAAGAUGGCGACCAGCUCAGAGCGCAGUCCGCCGCCGUUCCCGGACUCCGAGGACCAAGACGCCCUGGACACCGAGGAGGUCCGAGGCCGAGACAGCGACGAGGACGACGGGGAGGAGCUGUUCGUCAGCGCGACCAAUACUCCCAUGGCCAAACAGGAGAACACGCCCUCAGCUGCCAGUCAGUCCGUCGACCUCAUGAGCGAUCCUCUGAUCGAGCCCCUCGGCAGCCAGACGGGCUCCAGAUCCCCCGCCGAGCUGUUUGAGGACCUAACCAAUGACAUAAAAGCCCCAGCAGAAGGCGCCAGAGCGGCAGGGAAGCCCGUGGACGAGGCCUCGGAUGAUUUCGUUGACAUUCUGGGAAGUGAAGCUGCGGCGCAAAGAGAGGAAGUUGGCGUUGAGGCAGCGGGCGAGGGUGAAGCGCGCGGCGGUGGUGCAACCGAUCUGCUGGGAGGUGAAAAAAGGAGAAGUGCUGCAGAACAGGAAGCGGCUUCCUCCGCUCCCGUUAUGGACCUCGGCGGGGAUUCAUCGCGGCGGCCGGCUGUCAUCGACCCUCUGGCCGACCUCCUGGGGGAUUCUCCAGCCGCCGGCGCCGCGUCCGACGCCCCGAAGCCCGGCGGGGCCGUGGUCGACCUCUUCGACGACGAGGGAAGCGACAUUUUCACCGGCUCCCAGCCCAGCAAAUCUGCCAAGCAGCCGCAGAAAAGCCUCUUCGGCGAGGCCGACGAGGACCUGUUCGGCGAGCCCCUGGGCGCCGUCUCAAAGAAAGCCAGCGGGAAGGAGCAGAAGGAGGAGUCCGCCCCGGCGGGGGGGCUCCUGUCGGGUGGAAACCCCGCAGACCUCUUCACCGAGGAGGCAGUCGGCGCGGUGCCAAACGCCAGAAACGCCAGAGCGGUCAACCCCAAAACCAACGGGGUCCACUCCGAAGAGGACCCUGAUAUAUUUGCUGAAGCCACGGUGGAGCUUUCUCUGGACAGUCCGAGGAGCGAGAGAAGGAAAGAUGCCACCAAAGCGUCCGCCUCCACCUCCGUCUCAGCAGCAGCAGCCGCCAGCCUGGCCAAGCCCCAGCCGGCUGCUCUGGAAGAGGUGGAGGAAGACGAGGAAGAGGAACAGAAAGAUAAAUUCGACAUUUUUGUCUCCGUCAAGGACCCUGAAAAAAUAGGGGACGGGAUGAACGCCUACAUGGCUUAUAAAGUAUCGACACAGACCACCCUGUCCAUGUUCCGCAACCAAACCUUCACGGUGAGGCGACGCUUCAGCGACUUCCUCGGCCUCUACGAGAAGCUGUCGGAGAAACACGGACCCAACGGGUUGAUCGUGCCGCCGCCUCCAGAAAAAAGCCUCCUAGGGAUGACAAAGGUAAAGGUCGGGAAGGAAGAUUCCUCUUCAGCAGACUUUGUGGAAAGGAGAAGAGGCGCUCUGGAGAGGUACCUCCAGAGGGUGGUGAAUCACCCAAUGCUGCUGCAGGAUCCUGAUGUCAGAGAGUUCCUGGAGAAAGAGGAGCUGCCCAGAGCUCACAGCACCCAGGCGCUGAGCGGGGCCGGAUUCCUCAAAAUGAUCACCAAAGCGACGGACGCCGUCAGCAAAAUGACCAUCAAGAUGAACGAGUCGGACGUGUGGUUUGAGGAGAAACUGCAGGAGGUGGAAUCUGCAGACCAGCAGUUCAGGAAGCUCCACGCUCUGGUCGAGUCGCUGGUCGUGCACAGAAAAGAGUUGUCGCUGAACACGGCGAGUUUUGCCAAGAGCGCGGCCAUGCUGGGCAGCGCGGAGGACAACACGGCCCUGUCCAGAGCCCUCUCUCAGCUGGCGGAGGUGGAGGACAAGAUGGAGCAGCUGCACCAGGACCAAGCGGCGAACGACACCUUCGGCUUUGCCGAGCUGAUCGCCGAUUUCACCCGCCUGCUGGGAGCGGUCCGGGGGACGUUCGAUCAGCGGAUGAAGGCGUGGCAGCGCUGGCAGGACGCUCAGGCCAUGCUGCAGAAGAAGAGAGAGGUGGAGGCCAAGCUGCUGUGGGCCAACAAGCCGGACAAGCUGCAGCUGGCCAAGGAGGAGAUCACCGAGUGGGAGGCCAAAGUGACUCAGUACGAGAGAGACUUCGACAGAGUUUCUGCAACCGUGCGCAAGGAGGUCGUCCGCUUUGAGAAAGAAAAGACCAAGAACUUCAAGAGGCAGAUAAUCACAUACCUGGAGUCUCUGCUCCAGUCUCAGCAGCAGCUGAUCAAGUACUGGGAGGCGUUCCUGCCUGAAGCAAAAGCCAUCGCCUAGUGGACCCCCCCCCCCCCCCCACCCUCCGACCCCCUGAACGACAAACAGGCUGCCUUCUUUAUACACUUUACCUCUUUUGCCUUUAAAGCAAGAAAACAAAUGUGUGCAUUGAAAAGGGAGAUCCAAUGAACUUGUUUUGUUUCUUUUGUUUUUUUUUU